AUGGCUGUUAAGGUCCACGGAUCUCUCGCAAGGGCGGGAAAGGUCAGGAAUCACACGCCCAAGGUGGCCAAGCAGGAGAAGAAGAAGCCACCAACGGGCAGGGCGAAGAAGCGCCAGCAGUACAACAGGAGGUUCACCAACGCCGUCGGUAUGAGGCCCAAGGGCCCGAAUAUGCAGAGGUCGUAG